UCCACAUAUCCAACAAAACCAAUGGACCUAUUUUCAUGAGUCUACCCUUGUAAUGUGGAUGGGGUCUCUCACAUGUGUUUUACUUCAUCAUAGAAAGAAAAUGUCAUCAGAUAAAAUAGAUGAAGAGUGGUCCAUGUCUGGUUGUUGUGAACUGUUUGGCCACACCUUCGUUACAGCAGAUAUCUUUAUCAACUAUGGAGACAAACUCUUUUGCUUUGCAAGGCAGGAAAUCAGCAAGGUGGAAAGAUUGUGUAAAUUAAGGAUUGGAAACUUCACUGGUGGUGAAAGAGAAAUAGACACCUGUGAGAAGCACAUGAAGACAUUCUUUGCCUUUCUGAGAUGGUUUCUUAAAACGAGCUCAACCAGUUUCUCGGACACCGGUGUUGAAAAACUUAUGAUCCAGCUGAGAAGUUUAUUGCUCCAUGUUGGACCUAUGUCAGAUCUAGCAAGGCACUUGAUACCCUGUGGAAAUUGUGAGAAAAAUGCAUGUUUCACCAUGUAUCACCUGCACCUCAAUGUCUACACUGCCAUGUUGGACAUAUUUAAUGAAUUAGAGAAGAUUCUUUCAGAGUCACACUUUGUAUUGCUACAAAGCCCACGGCAGGAGGAUGUGAUUUAUAACAGUAUCUCAGUUCAAGUUACUCAGUUACUUCUCUGGAACAUGGUCCAAGUAGCAAUUGACAAAUUCCAUGGUUUACAGUUCACAGACUAUCUAAAGAGUAGCUUCUUCCCCUGCGAGCAUGCCAAGGACACUUGGCUAUAUCUACACCGUCUUGUUGAUUCCAAAUACAAGCAAGACGACAGGUGCGACUCAUUCUGGGUGAGCCUGUUACAGGUGUACCAAGUGCUACAGCAGGGACAGGCUAACCCCACCAACCAAGAUGAAAUAGACUGUGACAAGUUCCUACUGCCUCCCAUGUUUGAGUGCAAGAAUCCAAUAGGCUUCUCAUGGUGGAUGCUUACUCAUUUGACCAUGAUGGAGCCUGUAGCAGAAGAUGGUGCCAAGAAAAAAGGUGGAGGCUGUUACUUUCUUGUGUCGGAGCUUCUGAAGAAGACAUUGUCCAAGCCAGAAACACCAGAAGUUGCUCUGCGGUGCUACCUGAAGUGCCUGCUAAAGAUUUCAGAAGCCUUGGGACCACACUUAAACAUUGCUAUAGAUUUAUGGGAUUUGUACAUGUACAAACACUUGAAUGACACCUGUUAUGUGCCUACGUUAGGAAUGAGGGGUCUGUCUUUUACCAACGACAGUCAAAGCCCACGCAUUUGGUUAGAUAAGAUUAAAGGCCGUACUAAGAGUCCACUCAUAUUCAAAGAUUCGGAAACAAGUUACGAUUUGUUCAUGAGAGUUCUUGUCAAGCAUCUUGCAAACAGCCAAGACCUUUCUGGAUGGAAACAAUUGAAAGUUAGAGUCUUCUCCAAGUUCCAUGUGCGCCGUUUGAAUGAACUGACAGAACUGGGGUUGCUCAACUUCUCAAGUCUGUUCCUGACAUUGGCUUUCAUCAAAGAUUUUGAAGAUGUGUCCAGCAAGUUUUCUGACUUCUGUCGAAUGUUGUCACUGGAGAAGUUGGACACAAAGCGGCAGACAGGCAUUCUCCGCGCAGUGCUCACCAUGAUCCUGUCAGGGCAGGAGCUUGGAUUCUUGUGUACACCACUCCUGGAGUACGUUGGUAAACUAUUCCAGCAUAUCACAAAGGGUUUUACUGAGACUGUUCAUGAUCCAUCCCAGCACCCUCAAUACUGGUCGCUUCUCACAACGUACUUUGAUGGAAUACAGGAGGUGUUAGAAUCAUGUCAGCCCGGACAUGUUGCCAAGUAUCUCAUCAGUCCAGGAUUUUCGGAAAUCUUAAAGAAGUCGUCUGAAAGUGAGCUGCGGUAUCUACUGGUCAGCCUGCAGACGUUAGUAGAUCUCUUCACCAAAGACCCGGCUGACGCGCGUGUUCAAAUGGACCCUUAUACAGGUCAAGAAAUUUCCAGGAUUCUCUGGCAAGAAGUUUAUCCCUUCAUCAAACAGCAUGCCACGACUGGAACACCACCAGACCACCUGGCAGAUAUCGCUGCUAGUUUCGGCAACCUCUCACUCUCAGUAAACACAGCCGCAGGAAAGGUGCAAACUUCGACUCAAUUCAUGUACUUCGCUACAAAUGAGAAUGUGUGUCCAAGCAUCAGUUGUCGAUACCUGUGUCAUAUGGUUGCGAGUGUGCCAGUGAUGGACCAGUUGAAGAGAACAGUACCCAACCUGGAAGUAUGCCUCGUCCAAGCUUGGCUAAGAUGUUGCCUGCUUGUACCUUCUGAUGGGGGCGAACAACUUAGGACAUUAACACGAUUGAUUCUCCAACAUCAUUCGAUGAAGCAUCUCCUCCCAGCUGCUGCAGACGUAGAACUCAAUCCGAUUGAAUGUGUGCUCAACUUUUUCAAAGAUAUUGGCAGUGGAUACCUAAAACUUGAGGGUUUGCUGGACAAGCUGAAAUAUCGUGAGCAGAAGACUGCAUACUUCACUGGUGUGACGAAUGUCAUCCUUGGGUCCCUUCGUGGGGAAAAGAGAGCUGAUGUCAUGAAGAAGAUCUUCAACAUAUGUGGACAUAUUGUGAAGUGGUGUCCUGGUUUGAUCUACGUUAAGUCAAAGCAGGAUUGUGUACUGCCUAAACUAUUUGAAUGCCUCAUUUUGCCCCAAGUCCUAUUUGACCUAAAGAAACCCAUCAAUCAAGUCAUGUUGCCUGCACUUAGAGAAUAUCUACCCCUGUUCAUCUCAGGCUUAUCCAAACUUGACUACAGGAGAGACGCUUAUCUUCAGAGACAGAUGAAGAAUAUUGUUUGCCAGUAUCUGCAGAGGUUUAAUCUGAAAUCUUCCUCCUCGUCUGUGGCUACAGCUGUCCAUCCUAUUGUGAGUUCACUGAAGGCAAGCUUGACCCGCACCCCAACUGAUGAAGCAGGCCAGCUUCAGAUGGAUGUUGUGGAUAUUGUCGUCUCCAACUUCAUGCCGCUGAAGGGAGCGCAAGCACCGAGCAAUGCUGGUCUUGGUCUCAACUUCUGCCAGGAAGUCGUUCAAAGGAACUUGUCACCAAAACAGACUGCUAAGACUGGGACAGUACUUCUCCCAUCUCUCAUGGACUUCUCCCUGUUGUGUGAUGACUAUUUAUUAGCACAUCAGGCCAGGAAAAUCCUGUCCUCUGUCUUAGAGGCUGCAAACAGAGGCUUGGAUGAAAACUUGAGACAAUCCUAUUCAGAGAUUGCACUCAACUUCUUCAAGACGUACAUCAAAGGCUUUCAAAUCAGGAUAUUCCGUGUUAUGGAGCAGUUAUCGUCGUCAAGUUCCGACAUCCUGAUCCCUAUCAUCAAGGCUCUUACUGCCGAGGUCAAGGCCAGUGAACUAAAGAGGGGAGUGGGCGCGGACAGCCAAUUAAGGCAAUCCUACAUACACCUGCUGAGGAACCUUGGCGAACAGGGACUAGAAGAAGUGAAGCUUCUGUGAGAUUUGUCUGUGACACUGACUGUGCUAAAAAUCGAACUAGGGACAUGGACCUGAUAGUGCUUCAAGAGUAUUUUCAAUUGAAUGGA